GUGCAGCUGCACAGCAGCUGUGGCUUCCUGCUCUCGAGAAGGCUGAGGCGCGGGGUGGCUUCGCGGACUCCCCUCCUCCCAGGAGGGACGGCGGAGCCUGGCCCGGUCACGCCAGGGCGGGCGCAGCAGCUGGGGGACACUCUGUGCCGCCUGCAGGACACAGGCGAGGGCCGGGCACACACUGCCCGGAAGCGGGCCUCGGAGGCGCAGCCGGGGACGCCCAGGGAAGACCCGUGCGAGGGCGCCGGGGGCCGGGUCCGAGGCGGCGGCUACCUGCCCAGGAGAGCUCGGCAAAAGGCAGCCGCCCAUCCCCACGGACGCAUCUGGAGGGAGACGCUCCGCCGAGGACACCGAACUCGCAGAGCACGGAGUGACCCUGGACACGGUCGUGCAGAAAGCGUCAAGGGCCUACGGGCACGAGAACAUGCCGUCCUCAGGGUCCACCCCGAGGUGAAGGUGUUAGGACGCGGGGCCUUGGGGAGCGGAGGGGGUCGCGGGGUGGAGCCUCAGGGGAGGGACUCCAGAGCUCCCUCGCGGCUCCCGCCGCCGCGGGAGGACACAGCGAGAAGUCUGCCGGUGCAGGACCCUGGCCUCGCAGCCUCCAGAGCCAGGGUCGUGGGGCCGUCGGUGGUGUUGGGUUACGGCCGCGGGGAUGCCCUGAGAUAGGACAGCCCUUCACCCCUGCUCGUCCAUCCCGCAGCUGUGCCAGCAUGCCGCACCCCCGGGGGUCUGGCCACCUACCCCUGAGGUCAGGACCUGGAACAGGUCUGCGCCACGAAGGGCCUUCCUGCCCUGUCCCAGGGCCAUCUCAUCUCCCUGACGCAGCCUCGGCCCCGGCUGCCCUCCCGCUCUGGGAAGAGCCUCGUGCAGCAGCAGCCCUGUCCCCUCCGGACUGUGAGUCCGGCCGCUCUGGCGUUCCUCUCCCCCGUCUUGCAGGGAAAGCUGGUCCCGGGGGGGAGGGAACACGGCACAGCACAGCGUCCAAGAAACAAGGCCCUUAUGCGGGUCAGCUCAGGACCAUCUGACCCAAACGCGGGAAGGGUUUCAGCUCUCUACAGCAACCUGUUUUCAAGGCCGGGACACGGGGACAGUGGCCAUGGGGGGCUCCCCUGUCCCCCCCGGAGAGCACCUGGGGAAACACCGGUGCCGGUGGGCCGGGCCAGGACCCGUCCACCCCGUCCUGCUCGGUCCUGGGUGAACAGAACACACGCCUGCACGCAGGGGCACGCGCACGUGUGAGCGCACACGCACGCACACACACGCACACCCCAGCCACGCGGCGGGCUGAAGGGGCUGCACUGCUCUGAAAUGCACGCUCACCACACGCGUGGUGCUGAGCACGGGCUGAACCCACUCCAGGCUGUGUCAUCGGCGGGACCCUCGCGCCGCAUCCGCAUCCGGGAGCCUGGAGCCGCGAACAGGGGGCGGGGCUAGUCGAGCACAAGUAAUUCCUGUUACCCUUACGUCAGGCAGGCCGUCAGGCCGUGUUGUAAAUAACGAACUCACAUUCUAUCACCCAAGGGCUGCCCCUGCCCCUGCCCUGUGCGGGAGGAGAGUUCUGGGGGUCCAGGCGGUGGGAGAAUGGAGCAGGGGUGCGGCUGGGCCGCUGCAAAGACCUGGAAACACACCACCUCUGCUCACCUGAGUUGGCAGGGCGGCGGGGGGGGGGGGGCCGGGUGCCUGGGGUCGGGGGACUCCUGGGGAGGACUCCUGACCCCAGUGAGGGCAGGCAGGUCGCCGUUCCCACCCGGUGCAAAGGCCCCGAGGCCUCUUCUGGGUCCACCUGGAAGGAAGGGGCCCGCAGCCCCGGCCCGGCCUCCUGUGCCCCGGUGACCUGGACCCGGCCCCACGGUGGGGGCACCUCGCCGGCACCGCACAGGGGGCGCACCUCCACCUGACUGCUCACUGCUCUUCUCCCCGUGACAUCACCGUCGGCCUGGACUGAUUGAUCUCCGCAUGAAUAUUCACGCGGCAUUUCAGCCAGGACUAGGCAUGAAUAUUCUCAGGAAGGGGACUGGAUGGCGGUCAGCAUGCUGAUGCCCACGCGCCGGUGAGGCGUGCACAUCAGCACAUCGGCCGGCGGGCCUGUGGGCUUUUGUCUGAACACUCGCCCACGGACAGGACUGCCACUCAGAGCACCAAGAGGGAGAAAGGAGAAGAAAGCUCGCUCCCUUCCCAGAAAGGGCUGAAUCAGCACCGAACGCCCUGCCAUGCGCCAGCUCCCUCGCCCAAUCGCUGGCUGGAAGCGACAGGGACCUCUCAAGAAGCUCCCAAGUCACUGCCCCUCCUGGCCGCCAUCCCCUCUGACAGCCCCUCGCACCAGCCACGGAGGAGUCAGGCCCUGGGAGUCCCUCGGCAAAGGGACAGACUGGACAGCGAGCCUGAGCGCACAGGAGUGUCCAGAGGCUUCUCCUCCCGCGUCCCGGCACCUGGCUCUGGCCCGCAGGGACCCAGCACCUGCGCCUUUGUUCAAGGAAAGUGCUUCUCCGGUUCCUCCUCGCCCCGCCCCCGCCCUGUGCCUCCCUUUGCUUCUGUCCUCACCCUGGCCUCCCUGCGACCUUGCCAACUGGACCAUCCUCCUGCCUGGCUCCCCACCCCCCCCCCCCCCCCCCCCCGGCGGACCCCCCCCCCCCCCCCCCCCCCCCAGCUCUCGGGCAGGCCAGGUUCCCAAAUCAAGGGCCUACUCGCCCCCACCUCCGACCUGCCCCAUCACCGGGGGCAGCACUGCCACCUGCAGAACCUUCCAGAUGCUCUCUGAGCCCAUCUUCUCCCACCUGGAGUCCCGCAUGAGCACCAGGGGCCCCCCCUGCCCUCCCAGCUCACUGGCUCUGGGGUCUGGUCAGACCAGCUCCGGCUCCUGGCAUUUACCGGCAUGGCCCUGGGACCUGUGCUCAGGCCAGGCUUCGUCUCCACUUGGCCCCGGCACCUGCCUCCUCGUGGCCAGCCUCCAGGCCUGUAGGUCGUUCCUUUCUUCUCGAAGAUGCCGAGCCCACUAUGAGCAGAUGCUCUGCUCUGAAGACAUCUCAGCAGGAAGCCUGCUCUCCCCAGAAGCUGCCCUCACGGGUCACCCUCCCCAGCUGAGCCAGCCACUGCCUCACGUGGUGCCCCGGGGCCCGGACCACUCUGAGCGGCAGCUCCUUAACUGAAACCUCACAGCCCACUCCUGCCGUCCACCCACCCGGGCCCCUGCAUGUUGUCCUCAAAGAGAGGGGCUGAGGGCAGGGGUGACUUCAGCCCCGAGGUGGGUGGGAGUUGGCGGGAAACCCCUCACUGGACGGCACCUCAAACCCCGAGGGCUCGCGCUCACCGAGCACCAUCACAGCCUGCUUGGUCUGCUACCUGGGAGCCACGGCACCCGGGUCAGGCCUCAGCGUCCCGCGAGGCCGGUGGCGCAGCAGCGCCCCCGCCACGCAGGCCUCGGGCGCCUGGGAAGACAGCACCCCCGCUGGCCUCAAACCAGGCGAGGCCCCGGGAAGGCCGGCGUCCUGAGGCUUGGCGUGCCGGGGACCACACCUACAGGUGCACACCACCUCCUGA